UCAUAAUUAUGACUUACUAUCUUUUGAGAUAGUAAGUCAUUAUUAUCACGACAGUAUCUUUAUUUGUUUAUCACGGUGUUAAAAAUGCGCUUGCAUAAUUCUUAGACUGUGAGUCUAAGCUAGACAAUUAAUAUGGUCAGACAGACAUUCACAACUUUGUGAAGUGAUGUUAAUUAAUUAAAUACUAUUUUUACUUUUUUUUUUUAUUCUAACAUAUUAUUUGUAGUACCGCUAUCAGCAGGAAUAGGGGUAUCAUAAAUAGGUCUACUGCGAAUUUACACUAUUCUGAGUUUAGCUAUUCUUGUCCAAUCCUGUUAUUCUUAGGUUAUAUGGAAUAUACACUAUUUAAUUCCGAUGUACUGGAUGAUACUCGAGAUGCUCGCGCGGGCAUGUAUCUCCAUGGUAACAGACAACAAACAUCUCCAAACUAUCAACAAGAAGUCGUCCGGUUGACGAAUAAGCUCGUUUUACAACAAAAACACGUGAAGCGUCGUCCGCUCCAACACCAACAACCGAGGACCAUGAGGCGGGGAUCCGACUCCACCAAGUCAAGGAGCAGCACUUAUACCCGAGGCUACCGCAGGCUGGCCCCCACCUCCCAGGUGGAUGAAACCCUGUUUGGGAGCCCAAAACCCUUGGAUAAACGUGAACACUCGGCCUCCAAGGCUUCAAAGAAUCCAUCCAGGACUAUUCAAAUAGUCACCAAAGAUCUCAUUCGCAACAUCAGGAUCCCAUUGAAGGAUCCUUCAGGGGAUUCUGUCAUUCUGCCAUCAGCUGGGUUUCAGCGGAUCACCUCAAUGACUAAAGUUCUCACCAAGGAGGAGCAGCAGGGCCUGAGGGAGGCCCAUCAGAGGAAGAAAGAGGAGGAAAUGAGAGCUGCAAAGGAAAGGAAGAGUAAAAUCUAUGAGGCCGACCUCUCACGUAAGGAGAAUCAGGCCCUGACCGAGCUGGAGCUCGAGGCCCGGGACCGCGCGCAGCGCCUGGUGGAGCGGGCCAACGCCUUAAAGAUGGAGGAAGAGAUCGAGAUCAAAAAGCUCAACAAUCUGAUCCUGGCCGCUCAGUGUCAAGCUACACGGGACGUCCAGAUGGAUGAGAAGAAACAGAUCCAGGCCGAGCUGUCAGAGGAGGAGAAACGUGUGGAUGCCAUGAUGGAAGUGGAGCGCCGCAGGGCCUUGGAGACCGUGGAGCAGAUUGAUGAGCUGCGCAGAAAGCAGCGGAUCGGGGGAAUGCAGAACAUUUGCAACCAGAUCCAGCAACAUCUGAUUGAUAAGCAAAUGCAAGACGCAAUGAAAGAGCAGGAGAAGGAGCAGGCGCAGGAGAAACAGGAGAAAAUGAACCUGGAAGACCUCAAGGCCAUGGAGAACAAACGGGAGGAGCAGCAGCACCUGCAUGAGGAGGUCAUGCGCAUCAACACCGAGACCAUGCAGGCCAAGGAGCAGAGGAGAGAGGAGGAGAAGCUGGCCGACAUGAGAAACAUGGAAUACAUGCGAAACAAAAUGAAGCGAGAGGCAGAAUAUGAGGCGGAGCAGAAGCGUGUCAAGGAGGAGAAGGAGUUGGAGAUUGCCAGUCUGAGGACCCGGCAAGAAAAGGCGAAAGACUACAAGUCAGAGCAGGAUGACCUCCGCGUGAGAAGGAACCAAGAGGCCUCCGACCGGGAAUGGAGGAGGAAAGAGAAAGAGCUCAGUGCAAAGAAAGCGCAGGAGAAAGAGACAAUGAGGGCGGCUCGGACGGAGCAGGUCCACCGCAAGGAGCACCUGCUGUCGAUGGAGGCCGGCCGGGAGAAGGCGGAGUUCGAGAGGGUGCUGAAGGUGCAGCACGACGCGAUCGUCCGACAGGAGGAGGACGAGAAGAAGCAGCGGCAGAAGGCACGCAGCCACGCGGUCGCCAUCCGAAGUCAGGUGGAGGAGCGGGAGCGGUCGGCCGAGGCCAAGCGCAGGGAGACCUUCAAGGAGGCCAACCAGUUCGUGGAGGAGGCGCGGCAGAGGAGAGUGCGCCUCGACGAGAUCAAAGAGAAGAAGCUGAAGGAGCUCAAGGCGACGGGGCUCUCGGACAGAUACUGCCGUGAGGUGGAGCGCAAGGCCUGCGCACUCUGAUCCACUCCCAGGCUCUCAUUUAA